AAACCCGUAGAUACACAACCUUUUGAUCCAAAUAAGCCUGUUGGUUCGGGAAAUAAAACAAGGGAAGAAAGGUCAAGUGCAAAGGAAGUAAAGCAGAAGGCAAACGAAGCAAAGGAAGCAAAGCAGAAGGCAAACGAAGCAAAGCAGAAGGCAAACGAAGCAAAGCAGAAGGAAAACGAAGCAAAGGAAGCAAAGCAGAAGGCAAACAAAGCAAAUGAAGCAAAGCAGAAGGCAAACGAAGCAAAGCGAAAGGAAAAGGAAGCAAAGUAGAAGGCAAACGAAGGAAAGCAGAAGGAAAAGGAAGCAAAACAGAAAGCAAAGGAAGCAAAGCAGAAGGAAUGGGAAGCAAAACAGAAGGAAAAGCAUAAGGAAGCUUUGGCAAAGGUAAAGGAACUAAAGAAGAAGGCAAGGGAAGUAAAGAAGAAGGAAAUCGAGAGGGAAGCUUGGGAAAAGGCAAAGGCAAGGGCAAGGGCAAAGGCAUAUUAUAAAUUUUAUAAUUUGAAUGGGAAGGGGAAAAUGCCAAGGCAUUAUUAGUUGUAAAAAAAAUAUAUAAAAUAAAGCAUACACUAUAAUCAUUGCAUGAUUGGUGAAUGAAUAAUAAUAAUAAGAUUGAUUUUCAAGGUUAAAUUGGGGGUCAA